AUGACCCCAGAAAAUGGAACAUUUCGUUGUUCAAUCGAUAUUCCUGAUGGUGAACACGAAUACAAGUAUCGUGUUCGACGAACAGAUGGCGACAAUUGGACAGAUGUAAUCGAUCCCUAUGUUAAAAAGUACGACCCAACACGUAACACAGGUCUGAUCAAUAUCAAAAAUGGAAAACAACAAAUGGAUGAAUUUAUUUGGAAAUAUGAUGAUACCAAAUUACCCGAUAACAAGAAUUUAAUCAUCUAUGAAAUGUAUGUUGCAGAUUUUUCUGAUAAUGGACAAUUCUCGGGAAUCAUUGGCAAAUUAGAUUAUUUGAGCGAUUUGGGUAUCAAUGCUAUCGAGUUAAUGCCAAUUCAAGAAUCGAUGGGUUUAGCCCAUGAUUGGGGCUAUUCUACUAGACAUUUUUUUGCUCUAAAACCAACAUAUGGUACGUCUACAGACUUGAAACAAUUUGUUGACGAAUGUCAUCGACGAGGAAUUCGUGUAUUCCUUGAUGGAGUUUUCAAUCAUACGGCAGGCGAUUGUCCGCUUGCAGUCAUCGAUCAUGAUUAUUGGUACUACAAAGACAAACAUCAUCCGGAGGAUCCAUUCUAUUGGGGACCUGAAUUUAACUUUGAAUAUUAUGAUGAGAAACAGAAUAUGAAACCAGCAUGCAAAUAUAUCAAUGAUGUGGUUUGCUAUUGGAUUGGUGAAUUCCAUCUGGAUGGUAUUCGUUUCGAUGCUGCAAAACAAAUGGAUAAUUAUGACAUUCUUCACGAACUCGACUCUGCCGGUCGUUCCGCUCGUUCUUCUCAACCGUUCUAUUCACAAGCUGAAUACGUACCUGAAACGCCGACAAUUGUUAAAGCAAACGGAGGUCCCGUCGACGCAUGUUGGUCUUCUUCGUUUCAUGGCAUUGUCGCUGAAGUUUUAGCCAAUCCAUCAAACUUCAAUCUGGAUCAGGUAAAAUAUAUGAUAAGUGCAUCCUCUGUUAUCAACUAUCUCAGUUGUCAUGACAACGAACGUUUACUUUUUCUACUUGGCAAGAAUGGCAAUAUUUUUGAUAAUGAAGCUUUUAGACGUAUGCGAUUAGCCGCUGUUCUACUCAUUACUUCCGUUGGUGUACCUCUUAUUCCACAAGGUGAUGAAUAUGGUGAAGCAAGAGAAUUGGGUACCGAUGAUCCAAAUAAAAAAAAAUUGCCUAUGCAAUGGGAUUUGCUGAACAAUCAACGAAAUCGAUCGCUCUUUGACACAUUUAAACGUCUAUUGGAACUACUAAAUCCUACAUAUGAUAGUGGUUCACUUGGAUUGAAUGGAACAGGAGUCAAUAUUGCAGUUGUUGAUGGACGUAUUAAUCAAGCAAUGCGUUUUUCUGGUUCAUCAUCUUAUUUUUAUGCAUAUGGUGUUUAUUCAGGCAAAUCAUUUUCAGUUUCUUUAUGGGUUAAUCCAUCAUCUAUUGCUACUUGUACUGUAGUUCAAACAUCUUAUGGAUUAUAUAAUUAUGCAUGUCAUAACUUACUUGGUUUUUAUUCAACUACUGGCUCAACAAUGCAAAUUCUUGUACAAGGCUAUUAUUGA